AUGCCUAUUCCUCCCGCAUAUGCACCAACGUCUGCAUCGUCAUACACCCCUGCUGGAAAUGGGACAAACUUCCACCAAGAAAUUACCCGUGCGUCCGUUUUGACGUCGCCAAUUCACAAGGCCGUUUACGAAUCGCUCUGCGAGAUAUAUUCUUUAGCUACAACGUUGCAGGUGAUUGAAAAGUCCUUUCUUAAAGAUUACAUCACAGACAAAGAAAAGUAUACUAGCACGGUCAUGAGGCUUAUUAAUCAGUAUCACACCCUUGUACAAAGUCUUGGGAAAAGCCCGUCGCAUCGUAAUGUUCUUCUUGAGAUUUUGCCCGGUGUUGACGCCGAAUGUCUGAAUCUUAUCACGGAACUACAAGAGAGACUACAUUUUCAUGUUCCUCUCGCUGCUGAUCGCCUUGUUUCGGGAAUUCCUGCCACAAUCGAGCACCUCCAUACCGUUGUGGAUAGCUCUAGCCAUCCUACUCUGCAAUCGACAAAUACGGCUAGUGCAGCAAGCGCCAGAUUGGUGGCAGAAGCCACAGGCAAUUUCAUUACUCUCAUGGAUGCGCUAAAGUUGAAUUACAAGACAAAAGCACAGCUCCACCCACUUCUCAGCAACUUGGUGAUUUCGUUGAACGAUUUGGUGACACAUGAAAACGACUCCAGCACGCCUAUAGAUUUCGCUGGAAAAUCCAAACUAGUGGGAUGGCUCAUCAAGCUUAAUAAUCUAGGGGACCUGGAGCUUUCGGCUGAAGAAUGUGAUCUGUUUUUGUCCGACUUGGAUGUGGCCUACAAGGGAUUCUACGACUCGUUGGAAUAA